GUUGUCGUCAGGCCGCCUUCUCCAACCAGCUAAUCAUAUAGGCCGAGGAACGACGGCGAAGAGCACUACCGCACGAUGAAGCUUCACCCAAUUGGAAUGGUAUUCCUCGCGGCCGUGCCAGGCACAUUGGGAUGGGGCGCAGCGGGUCACGAAAUCAUCGCUACAAUAGCAGAAAUCUACCUCCACCCAACCGUCAUGCCGACCAUCUGUGCCAUCUUGGACGCUUCUCCGAAUUGCCACCUCGCCCCGAUCGCAAGCUGGGCAGACAGGAUCAAGUGGCAGAUGCGCUGGAGCGCGUCUCUGCACUAUGUAGGCGCGAAGGACGACUACCCUUCCGAGCGGUGCGAGUUCCCUGGUCCGCGCGGGUGGAACGGACGGGAGGGGCAUAAUGUGCUCGGGGCCAUCAGGAAUGUGACUGGAAUAUUGGCGGAAUGGGCGGACAGCAGAGAUCCGGCACGCUCUGAGACUCAGCGACGGCGAGGUGUCGGAACCGAGGCAGAGGACGAGUCGGCUAGCGAGGCGCUCAAGUUCCUCGUGCACUUUAUCGGCGACAUGCACAUGCCCCUCCACCUGACUGGGCGCGACCGCGGCGGGAACGGGGACAAGGUCACCUUCGACGGGCGUGUAACUAACCUGCAUUCGGUGUGGGAUUCGUACCUCAUCGCCCAGCGUAUCCGCACCCUCCCGCGGAACUACACCCGUCCGCUGCCCCUUCCCGAAGUCGAGCGCGUCCUGCGCGACGCGAUCUACGACCCCUACGUGCGCCGGCUCGUCUGGGAGGGCCUGGGCGAGGGCGGGCGCUGGCCAGCAGCCGAGAUGAACUCGUGGUUCGAGUGCCCGUCCGGGACGAGGAGCUGGGCCGAGACGCUGAAGCAAGCGGUCUUGGGCUACCGCGAACGGGGGGAAGACACUGACGACGACGUUCUCUGCCCGUACCACUGGGCUAAGCCCAUCCACCAGCUGAAUUGCGACUUCAUCUGGCCCGCCGCGCUCGACGAGCCGCCGUACAAGCACCUGUCGUCGUAUGCGUGUGCGGACAACGACGACGGGUGCCUCUCCCCCGAAGACGAGGUGGCGUUGCUCGAGAACGAGCCGGGAGUGCAGGGGAAACCGCAUGCGCCCUAUCUCGAGCUCGAUACGCCGGAGUAUGCGGGUCUUAUUAGGGAGGGGUGGGUCGUGGAACGAUUGGUAGCUAUGGCGGGCCUGAGGUUGGCGGGGACACUGAAUUGGCUGUUUGCGGACCUUGAGGAGGAGGGGGAUGUGAGAAGCCGGAGGUUGUGGAUCGAGAGGGUGGCGCUGUAAUUAUACAACGGGUCGAUACAUGGGACUGGAGCUUUAUCAUAGUGUAAGAGUGCAAGUGUAUUGUUCAUAGUGCUAUUGGUUCCAGAUUGGCAUGUUUGCGCGUGUAGACUAGGUCGUUCAUUGCUGAC